CAGUUCACGCGUAGGGCGAGAGCUCCCGGGCAGCGGCGCUCAGCUCUUCAGUAGUGUUCUACGCCACUCGGUGUCGCGACCAGUCCCAGGCUAGGCUGCAAGACCGGGUGGACAAAUGUAGGCUGUUGUGUUGUGUGAACGGUCGUUGAUUACUUAGUGGAUUCAAGUGCCUGUGAUAUCCAGUAUUAAGACUUUCUCGCAGCGUCAUUGCGAAUUUUCAUUCACAGUCCGAUAAACCCACCCUACACAAAUGUCUGUGGACAAAGAGGAGUUGGUUCAGCGAGCGAAGCUUGCCGAGCAGGCCGAGCGGUACGAUGACAUGGCCGCUGCGAUGAAGGCCGUUACGGAGACAGGCGUCGAGCUCUCCAACGAGGAAAGGAACCUUCUAUCGGUCGCCUACAAGAAUGUUGUGGGUGCCCGGCGUUCGUCAUGGCGAGUUAUAUCGUCAAUUGAACAGAAGACGGAAGGUUCAGAAAGGAAGCAGCAGAUGGCAAAGGAGUACAGAGAAAAGGUCGAGAAGGAGUUGAGAGAAAUCUGCUACGACGUUCUCGGCCUGUUAGAUAAGUACCUUAUUCCAAAAGCAAGUAAUGCUGAAAGCAAAGUAUUUUACCUGAAGAUGAAGGGAGAUUAUUACAGGUACCUUGCAGAAGUUGCCACAGGAGAAAACAGGAAUACUGUUGUGGAUGACUCUCAAAAGGCAUACCAGGAUGCCUUUGAAAUCAGCAAGGCCAAAAUGCAGCCUACCCAUCCAAUCAGGCUGGGGCUGGCACUCAACUUUUCCGUGUUUUACUAUGAAAUCUUAAAUUCGCCAGACAAAGCGUGUCAGUUGGCGAAACAGGCAUUCGACGAUGCCAUAGCUGAACUGGAUACGCUAAACGAAGACAGCUACAAAGACUCUACCCUCAUAAUGCAGCUGCUGAGGGACAACCUCACUCUGUGGACCUCGGACACGCAAGGGGAUGGGGAUGAACCUCAAGAAGGGGGUGAUAACUGAUCUGGCCCUCCGCGAGAACCGUCAAAUCCCUGUUCCAAGUAACUGUAUUGAAAUCCUUCCUAUCUUCGUACCUGCUUCCAUUCCAGUCCUUCCCAAAUCCUGAUCCUUUAUCCUUCGAUUUUGGUCAAAUCGGUAUAUUAUUAUUAUAAGGAAACAUUCACACAUCUACACGUGCAAACACAGUCUUCAGUCUACAAAGAAAAGGUUCGUUCACCUUUACAAGAAUUUUGAACAAGCCUUUCAGUAUGUGGCUUCCCUCUGUUUCUGAAAGAAAUGCUAGUGCAGCAUGCGAAUGGUUUUAAGAAAUCUACCUGAGUUGUGUUCCUAGCUGAACAUGACAUCAGAGCAUAGUAUCUUGCAGUAAUAAAAUUUUGGUUUCUCAUAGGCUACAUUAUGUAUGUUUGGAGUUGUGUUUUUGAAAUAUUUAUUGUGGAAAAGUGCAGAAGAUUAAAUUUGCUGCAAGGACACUUAACAUUGAUGUAGAAAAGUGCAUAUUAGUUGUGGAAACUGAUUUCAUUCCAGAAGCAAAGUAACCCACAAAAAUACUGUAAGAGUGCAGUUGUAAUUUGUAUGUAAUUUUUGUCUUGUCAGAUUUGUCAUGGCAUUUUUCUCUUUCUCAUGCUGUGGAGAGACUCACAAUGUUUUAUUAUUGCAUUGAAACAAUCCAUUUAACAAGCCAAAUUACUGAAAAAUCAAUGUGCGAAAUAAAAAUCAUAAAAUAAAAUUGCAGCCUAUUAUUUAUACUAGAAUGUAAGGUAUAAACUACAUCACUUUUUAUAAAAUGCCUUUUUAAAAAAUAGCCAUCUGUUCAUAAAAUUAAAAACAUUAAGUUACAAUAAAAAUUAAAUUUAUCUGCCAAUAUCAGUUUUGUCACUUUUUUAAAUUGUUUAUAUUUAAUUUGUUCAUGUGAGAACUUAAAUAAAACGGAGGUGUUAACAA